CAAUCUUCGAAUUCUCAAUUUUACUGCCCAUGACUCCGCAUCUGAGCUUCUAGCUACUGCUAUAUAUUUUCAAUUUGGUCGUCAUCAUUCCUUCUGAUUAGGCUGUUGUGACACACCGCGUGAGACACAGGCCGCAGCCGCCUCGGCAUCAUGGCCUCUUCCAUUCACUCGGCUGCCUGGGAGCUCAUGAAGCGCCAAGCAGAAGAUGCUGAUCCAGAUGAGCCCGAAGCUGGCCAGAAGGAAAUCCUAUCAUCAUGGGCGCUCUUUAUUCUCAUCGCCCUUUUAAUUGUCGCCCUUUUCACCAGUUACAUCCUUCAGCAACGAAAAAUUCAAGCUGUUCAUGAGACCGUGUUGUCGAUCUUUGCAGGCAUGAUUGUCGGUUUAUCAUUACGAAUCUUUGGCAUUCAAUCGCUCUUGAGCGCAGUCAGCUUUGACUAUCAAAUUUUCUUCAAUUUGCUUCUUCCUCCCAUCAUUUUGGCGUCGGGAUAUGAGCUGCAUCAGGCAAACUUCUUUCGUAAUAUCGGCACAAUAUUGACAUUUGCCUUUGCUGGCACCUUCAUCUCCGCUGUCGUUUUGGGCCUAGUCCUCUUCCUGUGGACGCUGAUCCCAAUCGGAGGGUUGAAUAUCUCGUUUGUAGAGGCCAUUUCCGUGGGCGCCACACUCUCUGCCACGGACCCUGUCACCAUUCUUGCCAUCUUCAACACCUACAAGGUCGAUCCCAAGUUGUACACGGUCAUCUUUGGUGAAUCUAUUCUCAAUGACGCUAUUGCCAUUGUCUUAUUCGAGACGGCCCAACGAUAUCGCCCGGGUGGAGUUGGGAGCAGCAAGUUGAAUAUUUUCGGUCUCUUUGAAGGUGUCGGCAUCUUCUUACUCGUCUUCUUUGGCAGUCUUUUGAUUGGUGUGGUUGUGGGGAUUGCUACUGCCCUUGGGCUCAAGCACACUCUUAUCCGACGCUACCCUAAGAUUGAAAGCUGUGUGAUUGUUUUGAUUGCUUAUGCAAGCUACUUUUUCUCCAAUGGCCUUCACAUGUCAGGUAUCGUGACUCUGCUGUUCUGCGGCAUCACCCUCAAGCAUUAUGCCUAUUACAACAUGUCGCGACGGACCCAACUCACCACCAAGUACCUCUUUCAGGUGCUCGCUCAGCUGUCGGAAAACUUCAUCUUCAUCUAUCUCGGACUCAGCUUGUUCUCCGGAAGCGACCUUAACUUCGAGCCGCUCUUCAUUCUCAUCACUGUUGUCGGUAUUUGUAUUGCUCGCUGGGCUGCCGUCUUCCCUCUCUCUCGUGCGAUCAACUGGUUCAUCCGAUACCGUGCGCAAAGACGGGGCAAGGAAGUCGCAGACGAAUUGCCAUAUUCCUAUCAGGUCAUGCUGUUCUGGGCCGGCCUUCGAGGUGCAGUCGGCGUGGCCCUUGCUGCCGGUUUAGUGGGAGAAAAUGGACCGGCCCUCCGCGCCACGGUACUGGUUGUCGUGGUGCUUACUGUCAUUAUCUUCGGUGGCACGACCGCACGCAUGCUGGAGAUUCUCGGUAUUCGAACGGGAGUCGUCGAGGAGUUGGAUUCGGACGAUGAAUUCGAUAUCGAGUAUGCUGCCGGUAGUACAUACUACAAACGCGGCGGCACGGGCGUCGGCAAUCGAUCGCAGCGUGGCGACCCCGCCGUGGCCCUUACUGCAGUGGCCGCUUCAGGCAAUGGCCAGAAGGGCCAGGGUCUCGGGAGCUACAGCAGCGGCAAUUCGACACAAAGUCCGCCAGCGCGGCCAAAUGCGAAUGUCACCUCGCGCCGCAACUCGGCGCGCAGUCUCAAGGAUCUUCAAGGCGCCGAUCAAAGCCUCUUGGGAAGUGUCGAUCCUACUCCGGAAGACGACGAGGAGUUUGACUCGGAUACGUCUGAUCUGCCCCCUGCAGCUGCACGUCGGAAGCCUUCGUCGCCUGGUGGCCGUGAUGAAGGCUUGGCGGCGACUGCCGGAGCGUCGCCGUAUGGCGAUGCCAGCGCAGAAGGGUCUAGUCAUCCUGCUACGGAGAGCAGUAGCCAUCUAACGGCGACGGGCGCCUUCAGCCACUUCUUCUCCGGCGCAUCCGAGGAUCACGCCGCGUGGUUCCGGCAGCUCGACGAGGGGUAUAUCAAGCCUAAGCUUUUGCUGGAUGGUGGCCGUGGAGGAGGAAACAAUAAUAACAACCAACACUAGGGGGAGACGGCAAACUCAAUGCAUUGUAUACGUUAGACGGUUUUGAGGGGGGGAAAGACAUGAUACCAUGAUUGAUUUACAUUUUAGUCGGGCUGGUCUCGGACAACAUGGGACGGCGUCCGGUAUCUGUAUGUAUUAUACUGUCUGCAUUUGCUGAUUGUGUGUAUUGGUAUGAUCAUCCAGCCCUUGUUCUUCUACAGUGUCACCUCUGCGACUCCCGUUACUUUUUCUUUUAAUAUUCUGUGUGCAUUGACCUGCACUGGCCCCAUCCUAGGGCUCCUUUGAUAGAUGGCACAAUGAACACUCUUUUUUACUCGAAUAUCGAGCAUCGCUGUUCCUUGUGGAAGUAUAGUAACGAGCUAUGUCACUGUCGACCGCUUUGAACACUACCUUAGGUAUGUGUGUUGUGAUGGGGC